AUGGAGCGUCACCGCCGUCAUUCGGCUGCCCACCUUCGGAAAGCAGAGACGCUGCAUGCCUCCAGCUCCGAGCCGCUUAUCGAUACGCAACCUCUCCACAGUGAUGGCCCCAAUCCCUACGAGCUAGAGCACCCGAAUGAAGCUGCAGAUGAAGAUGGAAGUGAUGUCGAAGAUGAGAGUGAAAGUGAGCUGGACAAUGAAGAUGUGGAACCAGAAUCAUCCAACAUUGUCGUGGCUGUUCAGCCGAGACCCCGCAAGAAAACGAUGGUGAUAUCCUCCUCCCAAGAAACAUACAACGACCACGCAGCAUCGCCCAGCACAUACGAAUCACCAUCGCGGAAGUCUCGAAUGGCACGUGAGUUGCGCGAUCUCCGCCGUCCCGGUCCCUUUGAUUCGCCACUGUCGUCUGAACCUCCAACCAAACGCCAUAGGAUGAAUGAGAAGCCUUCCCCGCGGAGACUGAGAGAACGCAAUCCUCUGAUGUUUGGCUACACAGAGAAGCAGCUACUCCCAGACCUGGACCAGAUGCUUGAUGAGGCCGUACCUUUUGCGGAUAGCGUCGAAUUGCUGGACCUCAACAAGCUUCAGCCGCUGGCGGAUCGAGCUGCAGAGUAUGGCGUCAGCGAGCAGACUAUUCGCAAGUGGGACGCGGAGCAGGCCGUGUUUGAUGAUGACAGAUAUUACGAGGACGUUGAUGAAGACGCAGACUAUCUACCCAUUGGACUUGGUGGCACAAUACCUUCUCAAUCCCACCACCCAGAACCCGUCGACCCCGAAACACAGUCUCAGCCAAUCUUCGAGCGCAUUCAGCAGCCGACUUCGCGCGAUGAUGACAUGCAGACCUUCCUGGACGCCUUGCAGCGCGGUUGGUUCGAACUCAUCGACAAACUCCUCGAGAAGGAGCGGCGCAUUCGUGCGUAUUCUGAGAAGGAUAUCAAACUCGCCAAGUACCAAGUCUACUACAUCCUCAUCAGCAUGCACAGCAGCAUCGUCAAAUCGCACAUGCAAGGCGAUCUCGCACGCCAGUACCUUGUCGAUGCCGAAACCCGUGGCGAGAUUGACAAGCUGCUCAUCGCCCUCAUCGAAGAGCACUACCUCGUCUACGGCGACCCUGACAUCGCCACCGAGAUCGACAACUUCCGUGCACCGUACUCGACGGCUGCGAACGCUCAGCGAGGCUAUCGCAAGUACUUUGUCUGUACUCGGCGGGACGGCACGCGCUACAUGUCUCGAAAGCGCAUCGACAUCUUGAGGUUGUUCUGCGAACGGCUCUCGGGGCGUCUGUCCAAGAUCAGCGGCGAUGAUGCCGACCGUCCGCUGAUGGCAGCACUGGUCGAAGUGGGCUUCAGCAUCUACGUGUUCCGCCGCCUCGCCAACCAUCGAGCACAUCGCGGAUCCAACUUCAUCCAGAACAUUUUCGAAUCGGUCUGCCACCAUCUCUUCGGCGACAAGUUCGGCAUCCAUCAGCACAUCAUCUACCUGGGCUCCAAUAGGAUGCAGGGGAGUCUUGCCGAGACGAUUCUCACACGCAUCUGCCAAGGAUACGUUUUCAAUGCUGGCGGAUUCUCUUUUCACCCAGCUGGACAAAACAAUAGCUCAGGAACGUGUUGCGACUCCAAGCGGUUCACAGUCGACCAGUAUGCGACGUGGCGCUCAUGGGCGCUCGAGAACUCGUCGGUGCGCGAAAACCACGAGGCCUAUGGAGUGUUCUUGGCUCAACACGCAGACGAGCCGGCAGCACCAGCUCGCUCCCAGAGCAACCAUGAGAGCGGUGUAGGCAAUGUCGAGGCGGAGGUCCAUGUCUCGAAGCUUCUACGGUUUGACCGUGCUUUGCAGGAUUUGUUGGAGGACUGGUAG